AAUAAUUAUUGUUUGUGGGGGGUUAUGGCCUAAGUGAAACAGCCUUCAUGUGAUUAACUUCCGGUACUAAGCUUUUCUUCGCACGUAUUUAUAUGCAACAUAUCCCCACUUCCGUUUCCACCAUUCCAAUUCCCAACACACACACACACACACUCUCUCUCUCGCGCAUACUUGAAGGGCAGUGUGUUUAAGCUAAAACCAUGAAGCAAAGCUUUAUUUCUGGUGUUCUUCUUCUCUUCUUCCUGUUUCUUAUUUCCUCUUCCCAUUUAUCUGCUCGUUCCAUAGCAAACAAACAAGGAAAAGAAGAGGUAGAGCUUACUCAAACAGCGGAUGUGGAAGACAAUGAACUAAUGGAUCUAUUGGGGGUAGAAGCUUGUGAUGCUGGAGAUGAUGAAUGCUUGAAGAGAAGAAUAAUCUCAGAGGCUCACUUGGACUACAUUUACACCCAGCAUCAUAAGCCUUGAGGGCUAUUCCUUGUAUAUAUUCUUAUUAAGUUAUACCACGUAUAAUUAAGUUGGCUGGGAACCUCUAGAAUGGAUUCUGGUUAAGGUUUAUGAAUAUGUAUGUUAGUAUAAACUUAAUUAUGAUUAUUAAUGUAAGUGUUAAACCUAAUUAUGUAGCUAAAUAGUUUUAUAA